AUUUUUUUCAAAGCAAAGCAUUUGCCUAUUCCCUCUACUAGUUAUUUCAAAUCUAUCAUGUCCCAAUUCCCAUCUUUUUCUUGCUGCACCAUUUGGCUAUAAAUACUUGUUAAUAUGCCCCAUAUUUAUCAUCUCAUUCUUCACUCUAUAAAUUUCUUGGAAAUUUUGUUCUCAGCUUUAGAAUCAGCAUCAAGAAAAUGGCAGAGAAGAGUGAAUCCCCAUAUCCAUUGGUAGCGGGUAAUGGCUAUUUACGAAGUGACGGAGAGACUGUUGUGGCUCCUGACUCGAAAGAGCUAAAGAAAAAGAAACGAAUGAAGUGUCUGUUGUAUAUUGUAUUGUUUGCUGUGUUCCAGACUGGAAUCAUAUUACUCUUUGCAUUGACGGUUAUGCGUAUCAGAAAUCCCAAGUUCCGAGUGCGAUCAGGGUCAUUUGUUGACAUAUUUAAUGUUGGAACCGAAGCUUCCCCUUCGUUUGAUUUGCGAAUGAAUACUCAAUUCACGGUAAAGAACACAAACUUUGGUCACUUUAAGUAUGAACUUGGUACUGUCACGUUUGCAUACAGGGGCACACCGGUUGGUCAGGCAACUAUUCAUAAGGCUCGAACCAGGGCUAGAUCAACCAAAAAAGUUGAUGUUGUGGUGGAGUUGAGGUCGAGCAGUUUGUCAAAUACUAUUGAAUUGGGAAGGGAUAUUAGUUCGGGAGUUCUACCCCUGACCAGCUACUCCAAGCUGGAUGGGAAGAUUCAUCUGAUGAAGGUGAUCAAGAGGAAGAAGUCAGCCCAAAUGAAUUGUACCAUGGAAAUUAACAUUGCCUUGAGAACACUAGGAAAUAUUAUGUGCAACUAGCUCCGUUGAUUGCCUUUGGAUUUUUUUUUACUUACUUUUGUUGCAGUCUUAUGGGGUUUCUUUAUUUUCUUUGUCUUUUAUCUUUUUGCACCAAAGGAGAUAUGUUUGUUGAUAUGGUAGUGCCUGAAGUGCAUUUUUUUUUUAUCAUGGUUUUAAUGAGAUAUUAUAUUUUUUACAUCCUUUAA